UAAAAAUAGUAAUUGGCAAACCAGAAUUUAAAGGUCUAUGUGUCCGCCAAUCAGCGCACGACAGGCAAGUUUAAAUCGCCCGAGUCGGACUGGAGAGCUCACGGCACAUUUAACAAUUUCCACUCCUUUCUGGACCUCCUGUUGGCCCGUGCUGCCGCUAAAUUCUACCCAGGGACUCGAGGAAUACUGCUGCAAGAGUACCAAGAUGCAGGCCACCGCAGAGAUGUCUUCAGCAGGCCAGCAGAUCAGUGGGGGCACCUCAACAAACUGUAAUUCCUCUAGGGAUCAGAAGAAGUGGUCGCUAGAUAACUUCGAGAUCGGACGGCCACUGGGCAAGGGGAAGUUUGGCAGUGUGUAUCUGGCGCGGGAGAAAGUCAGCAAGUACAUCGUGGCUCUCAAGGUGCUGUUCAAGUCUCAGCUGCAGAAGGCAAAUGUGGAGCAUCAACUGAGGCGGGAAAUUGAAAUCCAGGCUCACUUAAGACAUCCCAACAUCCUGCGCAUGUACGGUUACUUCUACGAUGACAAGCGGGUUUACCUCAUCCUUGAGUUCGCACCACGAGGGGAACUCUACAAGGAAAUGAAGGGUCAGAAGGAUGGCAGGUUUAAUGAACAGAGAGCAGCUAAGUUCAUCAAGCAACUCACACAGGCAUUGAUAUACUGCCACGGCAAGAAGGUCAUUCAUCGAGACAUCAAGCCAGAGAACCUUUUACUCAAUCUCAGCGGUGACCUCAAGAUUGCUGACUUUGGCUGGUCUGUCCACGCUCCGUCCUCCAGACGAACCACACUAUGCGGCACGCUGGACUACCUUCCACCAGAGAUGGUAGAGGGCAAGGACCACGACGAGAAGGUGGACUUGUGGUCGCUGGGGGUCCUCUGCUACGAGUUCCUAUGUGGCAACCCGCCCUUCGAGACAGAGAAAAGCAGCGACACCUACGCCCGCAUCUGCAAGGUGGACAUCCACUUCCCCUCGUAUGUCUCCCCCAAGGCACGCGAUCUCAUUGUGAAGCUCCUCCGACACAACCCUAAGGACAGGCUGCCCCUGACUGAGGUCCUGCAGCACCCUUGGAUCCUGGAGAAUGUCAAGGAUUAAGUGAUUACUCCUUCACACUCCCUCAACACACACACACACACACACACACACACACACACAACACAACACAACACAACACAACACUUUAAAUCCUUCAAGUGGUAAUAAUUAUGGUAUAUAUUUGUAGAGAUGAAGGAAUGAGUGUAUAUUUGUAUGUAUAUCAUGGGCUUGUGAUAAUACUUACUGCUUGGUGUAUUCCGAGCCUUAGUUGUGAGUUGUGGUAGUUGGCUGGCAGCAAGCAUUACUCGACUUCACUAUCUUGGAUGACUCACUGAAUAUUACAGUGCUGCAGUGAGAAGUUGCAAUAUCUCAUUCCCAUCCUUCCUGUCUUAUCCUUCCUUGUCUAUCCUGUUUUUUUUAUUGUAUAUUAACGUCUGUGUAUAUUUUUCUACUCUGUAAAUGAAUGAGCAAGCAAGGGUGUGUGUGUGAGGAGCAGCAAAAGACAUUCAUAUUCUUUUCCCCUUCAUUGUGUUACUGUUUCUAUGUCAAGUUGCAAGACAAGGAACAGUAACUUCCUUCCUAUAUAGCCUUUCUUAUCAGCAAGGCAGUGUGGUGCAGUCACAACAUAUGUUAUAUUCUCCACACCUCACUGUAGCAUUGUAAUGUUCACUAAUGCUUACUCUUUUUGCUUUUAUUGAUUUUAGUCUUUAUUACUCUAUUAAUUUUAGUCUUAUUACUCCACAAAGGUUCUAUGUGACAAGUCAGAUUAACAAGUGAUUUUAAAUUACUCUCUCUCUCUCUCUCUCUCUCCCCUAAACUGCAAGAUCUGUUUAUUUUAGUCAUACCACUCUUAAGCAUCAAACAAACAUAAUUUCUUACUUACUCUCUUGAGCGAAUACUGUUGUAAAUCUUGCCACUUUAUUCCUACACCAUUCUUCAGUAACAAACUGAAAAAUAUCAUCCUUCUGUUUUCUGUCUUUGUCUUUAAGAUUUAUUUAGCUUCUUUUAUUCCUACACCAACCUUGUGCAUCAAAAUAAAUGUGGUCCAUUUUUUUCUCUUCUCUCUUUUAUGUUAGCAUCAUUGCAAGAUUAAUUUAGUUUUAUUUAUGACUUGUUCAGUGUUAGCUUUAGUCCGUUGCUGAUGUGUGUCGCCACUUCAGCUCCCUAACCAUUGUGUUACUGAGGCCACCCGUGUUUCAUUAGAGUUAAGUCCCUCUCGUUGAGCUGUACAUAGUCCCCCUCGGUGCCUUAUUGUUGUCAGUAAGCAUCGGUCAUCCCAUCCCUUCGUUACCUAAGGCUAUUUUUUUAUUGAAUCAAGGUGGUGAACCUGUCCUUGUUUUGCUCCACUCUGCUGUAUCUGUUGGUAAAAAGACUUCAAAUAAAGAAGUUAUUGUCCAUACUAAA